AUGGGAAAAAGUGCUUAUUUUGUAGGAGUGUUAGUCACUGGAGCAUCUGGAUACAUAGGUAUACAUUGCGUGCAGCAGUUACUCGAUCUUGGUUAUACGGUGCGUGGAACUGUUCGCGAUUUGAGUAGCAAGGUGAAAAUCGAACCACUGAAGAAGUUGCAUGGUGCCAAAGAUCACCUGGAACUGGUUGUUGCCGAUCUCGAAAAAGAUGAUGGAUGGCCACAAGCUCUAACCGAUUGUACAUAUGUGCUACAUGUAGCAAGUCCAUUUCCGAUCGUUGCCGAUGACUCGAUCAUCAGCACAGCCGUUGAUGGGACAUUACGUGUGUUGCGCGCCGCUGCUAAAACUUCCGUGAAAAAAGUUGUCCUUACCAGCUCCUGUGCUGCUAUCAAUGAAGGCCAUGCGGAUACGAGCAAAGUGUUCAACGAAGAUGACUGGACAGAUGUCAGUUCAAAUUCUGUACUAACAUAUUCAAAAAGUAAAACGCUUGCCGAGAAAGCUGCCUGGGAAUUUGUGAAACAAGAAGGUACUAAUUUCAAGCUAACAACAAUCAAUCCUACGCUAGUUGUUGGCCCUCUUCUGCACAAUGUUCGUGGCACAAGUAUUAAUGUAAGUUUUGAGAAAUUUGCCAUUUUCCCGACACUGCUUGCUUUUUUCCAGUUUCUUUUUGCGCGUUUUGCGCUGUGCAGCAGCUGCAUAAAACGCAUAUUGUCACGGGGUUGUCUGUGUACAUGUGUUUGA